AUGUCGUCCUUCCUCGAGUCUACCAUGCGUCUACCCUCCGAGGCCUCCAGGUGCUUGCGGACAGCCCGACAUUUGACCCGCAGUCCGCGAAAGCAAAACCUCCUUCUCGCUCGCUCCUUCUCCUCCACCCUCCGCCGCCACGAGAUCAACAAGAUCGUGCCGUCUGCCGCCGAGGCUAUCAAGGACAUCAAGUCCAACUCGACCCUGCUCUGUGGAGGAUUUGGUCUCUGUGGCGUGCCCGACACCCUCAUCAACGAAGUGGCCAAGACGCCCUCUAUCACUGGCCUGACCGCCGUCUCCAACAAUGCCGGCAUCCCUGGCGCCGGGCUCGGCCAGUUGCUGGAGAGUCGCCAGGUCACCAAGAUGAUUGCCAGCUACGUGGGCGAAAACAAGGUCUUGGAGCAGAUGUAUCUCGGCGGCGAGUUGGAACUCGAACUCACCCCUCAGGGCACCCUGGCAGAGCGAUGUGCCGCGGGCGGCAAGGGCAUUCCGGCCUUCUACACCCCCGCCGCAUUCGGCACCGUCGUGCAGACGGGCGAGCUCCCGCUGCGCCACAACCCCGAUGGUACCGUGGCAUCCUUCGGCAAGCCGCGCGACGUCAAAGUGUUUAAUGGCAAGAGCUACGUGAUGGAAGAAGCCAUCCCGGGAGACUACGCCUUCGUCAAGGCUUACCGCGCCGACAAGUUGGGCAACUGCCAAUUCCGACUGGCCGCCAACAAUUUCAAUGGGGCCAUGGGCCGAAAUGCUAAAGUCACCAUUGUCGAGGCCGAACAUAUCGUCGAAGUCGGCGAGAUCGACCCGGCCGCCGUCCAUCUCCCCGGCAUCUAUGUCAGCAAAGUCAUCCAGUCCACCGCGGAGAAGAAGAUCGAGCGGUACGUGAACCGAAAGGAAGAAGGAGACGUGACCGACAGCCUGGGCAAGGGCGAAGCCGCAUCCAAGCGCGAGAAGAUCGUCAAGCGGGCUGCCAAGGAGUUCCAGAACGGCAUGUACGCCAAUCUGGGCAUUGGCAUGCCCAUGCUGGCACCCUCGUUCGUCGAUGAGUCGGUCGAGGUCCAGCUGCAGUCGGAGAACGGCAUUCUGGGCCUGGGCCCUUACCCCAGGAAAGGCGAGGAAGACCCGGAUCUGAUCAACGCCGGCAAAGAGACCGUCACCCUGCUCCCCGGUGCCUCCUGCUUCGGCUCCGAAGAGUCCUUUGGCAUGAUCCGCUCCGGCCGCAUCAACCUGUCCAUGCUCGGCGCCAUGCAGGUCUCGGCCCGCGGCGACCUGGCCAACUGGAUGCUGCCAGGUAAGGUCAAGGGCUUCGGUGGCGCCAUGGAUCUCGUGUCGAAUCCCGAGAAGACCAAGGUUGUCGCCCUCAUGGAGCACACCGACAAGAAGGGCAACCCCAAGAUUCUGAAACAGUGCGAGUUCCCCUUGACUGGCAGAGCUUGUGUCAGCAGGAUCAUCACCGAGCUGUGCGUUUUCGACGUCGACUUCACCAGCGGCCUAACCCUGAUUGAGCUUGCCGAGGGCGUGACCGUCGACGAGGUCAAGGCCAAGACCGAGGCGCCCUUCGCGGUGGCCGACGACCUCAAGACAUUUUAA